AUGGCUAGGCAAGGCAAAGAUGGCACAGUUGUUCAUUCUUCCAUUGCCUUAUUGCAAGAGAGGUUUAAGAAAUUACAGAGAGAAAAGGAGAUUAGGGAAGAGAGAGAGCUAUUGAGGCGGAUGAUACAUGGAUCAGAAAGGGUUUCUAUUCCGGCAGCAUAUUACGAGCCAACUGGGUUGUUUCUCCAUUCUGGAUGGACAGCUUCUCACAAUUAUGAAAGACAACCUCACCCACCCCAAUACUCAAUGUGCCUCCACCCUAACUUGCAGAGCAAGCAAUCUAGUUAUCUGCAGGUUUCUGAUGAGACUCGAGUCAUGAGGAACGUAUGUUCAAGUUCAGUUGCAGUCAUGGACAGAACAAACAAUUUCGAUGACUCAGAUGUCGACACUUCUCUUCGUCUUUGA